ACCAGCAUCAAUCACCCGAAAGCUUUCAAAUCAUUAACAAUAUGUUUGGUGGUGGCCGCUUUGGUGGCGGAUUCGGUGGAUUUGGAGGAUUGAUGGGAGGACCAGGUGGAAUGAUGGACGAUAUUCGAUUCUCAGCAAGACCUGAACAUUACGAUGAAUUCUUCAAAGCAUACAGUAUGGCAAUGUUACCCGGAAGGGAAAGAGCAAACGUUAGUUAUGGUGGAAAAAUAAUCUUACCUUCUUCCGCUUUAGCAAGAUUAACACAUAUGGAAAUCGAAUCACCUUGGCUUUUCGAAUUAACAAAUACGGGCGUAAAUAUGGCAGAUAUCAAACUCACACAUGCAGGUGUUUUGGAAUUCAUUGCUGAUGAAGGUCAUGUUCAUUUACCCGCUUGGAUGAUGAGACAAUUGAAUCUAAGCGAAGGUGAUCCUAUCCGACUUCGUGGCAAAACUCUGCCCAAAGGCAAAAUGGUCAAAAUUGAACCUCAAACAGUGGAUUUCCUAGAGAUUGCCGAUCCCAAAGGUGUUUUAGAAUCAGCUUUGAAUAACUUUUCAACAUUGACCAAAGAUGAUAUUAUCGAAUUCAGUUAUAAUAUGCUCACGUUUGAGAUCAAAGUACUGGAAAUCACACCGGAUGCAGAAGGUAUUUGCAUCGUCGACACCGAUCUGGAGGUAGACUUUGCACCUCCCAAAGGAUAUGUCGAGCCAAAGCCACAGCCUAAAGCAUUACCGCCAACGAUGGCAUCCAAGUUGAACAUCAACACAGAGAGGUAUGACAGCAUUAGUGCAUCAGGUACCUCUACACCAGGCUCACACGAUGGCGCUCAGGCAAACGGAGCCAGCUCAGCAGCACAAGGAGCAGAAGGUAGCGUACGUAUUUCAUCUUUUUCUGGCCAAGGUCAAAGCCUGAGCGGUAAAAAGCCCAAAGCAAAAACGAAGGAAAGAACGAUUGAAGCUGUCCCCGACAACAGCAUGAUCAGACGAACAGACAAACCACGAAUCGUGACAAAUGACACGCAAAUCGGAGAGAAAAAGGUUCCGGCUGCCCUCAAUUUGCCAUUUGGUAAGCUGUUCUUUGGAUAUGAAGUAAUACCUGUUGGCGGUAAGGAAAAUGGCACAGAAUCUGAAAAUGCUCAAGCAAAUCCAUUUUCCGGAUCAGGUCAAACUCUCUCAGGUCGCGCUCCAAGACCAAAUCCUACCACAAGUACAACAGGAUCUGGAUCAGCUAGCACACCUGAAGCCAGCGCCGGAAGAACGCUGGGUGGUCGUGGCUCAACACGAAAGCGAGAGAUCAUCAACAUAGAUGAUAGUGAUGAUUGAACCCACCCGUGUGUAACAUAAUCUCUAAGGUUGUAACUAUAGAUACAUUUUCGAAGAUUUAUUGCGUGCUGAGAAUGAGCAAUGAUUUGAUAAAAAAUGACAGUACAUUGAUGUCUUAUAUAAAGUACAAGAGAUAAUGUGACAAAGAGGAAAAAGAGCGA